UCCAGAAAUCCACUGAGAAACCGGAGGAAACUGAAGCUGCAGAACUUCAUUCACAAUCCUCCCCAUUCUAACUUUCAGGUGUGAAAGGUUCCUUGGACCAUGGUCUUCACCAAAGGACUAAAAUCUGGUCCAACCUAAAGAAGUGGUCUCGGUGUGGAUCAAACUGAACCAUGGAUCGGUUCAUUUGCAGAGUGAAAACAGUUCUUAGAUGAUUCAGACCAGUUACAGGAAGUUGAGGCUCAUCAAACAUUUAAAAACAGAAGAAGAAAAACAACAGGAAGUGAAGCAAAACUGAGCCGAGGGAGAAAACGAGGAGAUGAAAUAUUUAACUCUGAUCAAAAGUCAACUUGAAAAAAAAAAAGAAUAAAAUUGCUGAAACAUUCAAGUUAUUUGAACUGACAACGUGCCGUCUAUGAACCAAUCAGAGCACAGAGAGACACAGCUCAGCAGGAUGAGUGACGUCCGCUUGGCUUCAGCCUCCUCCCCUGUCUCCAAGGUAACCGGCCUGUCUCCAGGAUGCAGUUCCCACGGCAGCGAACCCCCAGCCUUUGUCCUCCCUCCUCGCAAUGCCCGGGUCACCCUGGGGGGAGACGCCCGACUGGAGGGGAAGGUGCGUGGUCAUCCUGAGCCUCAGGUCACAUGGUACAGAGAGGGGAGGGCUGUGAUUGGUGGAGAGCGCCGUGUUGUGGAGCAAGGUGGACGUGGCACCUUCAGUCUGGUGGUGGGCGGAGUCACAGAGGAUGACCUGGGACGAUAUACCUGUCAGGCCACCAAUCAGGCGGGCAGUCGACAGGUUACCGUGGAGAUCCUUCUGGAAGAGGAUUCUGGGAAGAAAUAUGGCCUCCGAUCCUCGGUGAAAACAGGGUGUCGGCCUGCGGUCCCAGCGGUGGAGAACAGGCCCAGUAUUUGGGGCGAGAGUCCGCCAAAGUUCAUCACAAAACCGAGCCGAGUGUUCGCCAAGCUGGGACAGAGUGGGAAGUUCUCCGCCAAGACAACGGGACGUCCACAGCCCCGGGUCACAUGGUAUAAGGGGGGCACCGAGGUCCAGUCCUGUGGGCGAGUCAGUAUGUACGAGCGCUCUGGCCUUCAUUUCCUGGAGAUAAAGGAAGUGUGCAUGGACGAUGGCGGAAGUUACACGUGUUCGGUCACCAACGCCGCUGGUACAGCCACCGCCACUGCCGAGCUCCACAUCCAGGGUGCUCCUGAUGACUCCUCCAGGACUGAUCCUCCUGAGACCACACAGACCAGGAUGGUGGAAAGAGCUGAUCCCAGCACCGAGGCAGGGCAGCCCAGACUCAGGGAGAAGCAGCAGCAGCAGCAGAGCCCCCUCCCUCAGUCUGGACAGGCAGCCUCCUCGAGAAGCAGCCCUUCCAAACAGCUCCCCCCAGUGGCUGAGAGAAGAACUGCAGCUGCUCCAGCUACAGUCCUGUCAGUCCUCAGUCCUGGUCCAGUCCAGACCGGAUCAGUCCAGCAGUCAUCAGCUGUUUCAGACAGCAGCAGAGCUGUCAGGAGGUCGGUGUCGGGGCCCAACUUGCGGUUCGAGGCCGUUCCUCUGGACCAGGAGGCCACAGAGGGAGGACAGGUGACAUUCACCUGCCAAGUCUCGUCCGUUGCCGUCGCCAUGGUUACCUGGCUAAAGGACGACCGACCAGUGAGGAUGGGACCAGGUCUGCAGCAGAGAAAGGACGGGACCCGUCUCACCUUCUCCAUGGAGAGAGUGAGACAGCUGGACCAGGGGACAUACCGGUGUCAGCUGACCACAGCCGACGGACUGACGGUCGAGUCCAGAACAUGGGCGCUCAGUGUCCACGGUGUGUCCCGACCCCCAGCCUUCGUCAGCAGGCUGCAGGACUGCUCAGUAACAGAAGGUCAGGUCUUCAGCCUUCAGGUCUCUGUGGAGGGAAAACCUGCCCCAACAGUCCGCUGGCUGAUCAACGGACGCCCUCAUCCAGCCGGGGCUCAGGCCUCAUUCGUCGGGGGCGUGGCCACGCUGACCGUCCAGAAUGCGACGCCGCGCGAUGAGGGCGUGUACGUGUGUGUGGCCGAGAACAACCACGGCAGAGCGGAGAGCAGCGCCCACAUCCAGGUCAAAGGCAGACUGCAGGGUCACAGGUCAGAGGUCAUGGAGGUCAGAGGAGCAUUUGAGGCUCCGCGCUUCAUCAGCCGACUGAGCGACCUGAAGGUGAUGGACGGCAGCAGAGUCGCCAUGACGGUGGAGCUGAGCGGUCACCCCCCUCCAGAGGUGGUGUGGCUCCAUGACGGGCAGGAGGUGACAGAGUCAGAGGACUUCCACCUCCUCAGGGAGGAAAACCGCUGCACUCUGCUGAUCCAGGAGGUUUUCCCCGAGGACACCGGGACCUACAGCUGCCAGGCCUGGAACCAGUACGGGGAGGACCACACCCAGGCCCGCCUCACCGUGGAGGAGCCUCAGGACGGCGUCCAGCCAUGGUUCAUCACCAAACCUAAACCAGUGAGCGCCGUCGUGGGUCAACACGUCCUCCUGUCGUGUGCCAUCGCUGGAGACCCCUUCCCCCAGUACACCUGGACCAGAGCAGACCUGAGCCGACCUCUGACCUCCGGAGGAGACUACGAGCUGCUGCAGAAAGAGGACGUCAUCUCGCUGCUGAUCAGGAGAGUUAAGAAGCAUCACGCUGGCGACUACCUGAUCAGCCUGAGGAACACUGUUGGUGAGUGUGUGUCUGUGGCCAGUCUGUCAGUCACUGAUGGGAGACAGACAGGACAAGAGGAAGAGGAGGACGAGGAGCAGAGGACGACAGCUCCGCAGCAGCAGCAGCAGCAGCAGCAGCAGCAGGCAGCAGCAGGAGUAAGAGGAGGAGGAGGAGGAGCAGCUGGUGGGACCGCGGCGCUGAGAGGAGGUGCCAGAGGAGGAGGAGGCAGCAGCAGCAGCGGUGGUGUCAGUCUGCAGUGGCAGGAGGCCAACCAGGAGCAGAAGGAGAACCAGGCGCUCCUGCACCUGCACAAGGAGGAGAAGAAGAAGAAGAAGAAGAAGCAGCAGGAGGAGGGCGACCAGGACUCUCCCGCCGCUCCCCGAGGCCUCCUCAAACACUGUGUUGAAACCAGGGAGCGUGGCGAAGAGGAGCUGCGACAGAGGGAGGCGCAGCAGCUGGACUUCCGCUCGCUGCUGGGACGCCGAGCUUUUCAGUCCAAGAACAACCAGGGAGAGGAGCCGAGGGAGGCUGGCCUUGCCACUGCCGCUGAGCACCACCACCACCACCAGAUGGAUUUUAAGGCCAACCUCAAGGGUGUCAAACCCAAGGCAGAGGAGGACCGCAAGGUGAACUCCCCGCAGCAGGUUGACUUCAGAGCUGUGCUGGGGAAGAAGGGCGCCGCCGCCACUGCCGGCAGCAACGGCAACAAAGUGACCGAGACACCUGGGAAGAACGCCGCUGCCGACUUCCGCUCCGUCCUCGCCAACAAGAAGAAGCCGUCGAGCCCCGAGAAGAACGGGGAGACCGGGAAGACGGUGGUGAACAACUGUGUGGAUGGAGGGAUUAAUGAGAAGAAGAGUGGAGGAGGAGGAGGAGGAGGAGGAGGGAAGGCACCGGAGUUUGUGGAGAAGCUGAGCGACGUGACGGUGGUGGACGGGCAGCGGCUUCGGCUACAGUGCCGCCUCACCGCCACGUCCGAACCUGCGGGCAGCGUCAACAUCACCUGGACGCUGGACGGGAAGGUCAUCAAACCGUCCAAGUUUAUCGUCCUCGCCAACGAAGGCGGCCUCUGCUCUCUGACCAUAGACAAAGCUCUGCCGGAGGAUGAGGGUCUGUAUAAAUGCAGAGCUGAGACCUCGGCAGGAAAAGCUGAAUGUUCCUGCACGGUUCUCGUAGACGACCCGGCUGAAAACUCUCCGGCAGACAAGAAGUCCAAGAAGUCGGCUCCGACCUCAGAGAGUGAAGCCAGGAUAAAGAAACCGACUCCCAAGACUCCCCCGAAACAAGCCCUGCCUCCUCAGAUCCUGCAGUUCCCGGAGGACAUGAAGAUCCUGGCGGGGGAGAAGGUGGAGAUCCUCUGCAAGUUCUCUGGAGCUCCACCCAUCAACUGCACCUGGCUCAAGUUCAGGAAACCAAUCCAGGAGGGCUUAACCGACAUCUCCAUCGAGAGCAGCGACAGCAGCAGUAAACUCACCAUCUCCAGUGGUCAGCAGGAACACUGUGGGUGUUACACCAUCGAGCUGAGGAACAGCUAUGGCCUCCGACAGGCCGCCCUCAACCUCACCAUCGUCGAUAAACCUGACCCCCCAGCGAAGGUCCCUGCGGCCUCAGAUAUCCGGCGGUCCAGUCUGACUCUUUCAUGGUACGGGCCAACCUACGACGGAGGCAGCGCCGUCCAGUCUUACAACCUGGAGAUCUGGGACUCUGUGGAGAAGCAGUGGAAACACCUGGUGUCCUGCAACAGCACCUCCUACAACGUACAGAACCUUCUUCCAGAGCGUCAGUAUAAGUUUCGUGUCCGGGCGGAGAACAUCUAUGGCGUCGGAGAGCCGAGCGCCGAGUCUGAACCUGUUACUGUUGGACUGGUGGAUGAUGACGAGAACCAGGAGGAGGCCGAGGCCGAGGAGGACGAUGAAGACUCAGAGAAGGAGCCGGACUACAGAGACGUGACCAUCAGAACAGACACAAAGGUGAAGGAGCUGUACGACGUGGAGGAGAGGCUGGGAACGGGAAAGUUCGGUCAGGUCUUUAAACUAGUGGAGAAAGCCACCAAGAAGGUUUGGGCGGGAAAGUUCAUCAAGGCGUACUCAGCGAAGGAGAAGGAGAACGUCCGGCAGGAGAUCGGCAUCAUGAACAGCCUCCAUCACCCCAAACUGGUCCAGUGUAUCGACGCCUUCGAGGGCAAGUCCGACAUUGUCAUGGUCCUGGAGAUGAUCUCGGGCGGCGAGCUGUUUGAGCGGAUCAUCGACGAGGACUUUGAGCUGACCGAGAGGGAGGUGAUCAAAUACAUGCUCCAGAUCAUCGACGGAGUCAGCUUCAUCCACAAACAGGGCAUCGUCCACCUCGACCUCAAACCUGAGAACAUCAUGUGCGUCAACAAGACCGGCAGCAAGAUCAAACUCAUCGACUUCGGCCUCGCCAGACGACUAGAAAAUGCAGGAACUCUGAAGGUUUUGUUUGGCACUCCAGAGUUUGUGGCUCCAGAGGUGAUCAACUAUGAAGCCAUCAGUUAUCCCACAGACAUGUGGAGUAUAGGAGUCAUCUGUUAUAUACUGCUGAGCGGUCUGUCUCCCUUUAUGGGCGACAAUGACAAUGAGACUCUUUCCAAUGUCACCUCGGCCUCCUGGGACUUUGAGGACGAGGCCUUUGACGAAAUUUCUGACAACGCCAAAGACUUCAUCACGAAACUGCUGAAGAAAGACAUGAAGGCUCGACUGACCUGUGCUCAGUGUUUCGAACACCCCUGGCUGAAGCAGGACACCAACACCAUGAAGGCCAAGAAGCUCUCCAAGGAGAGGAUGAAGAAGUACAUCCUGAGGAGGAAGUGGCAGAAAACGGGUCAUGCUGUCCGAGCCAUCGGCAGACUGUCGUCUAUGGCCAUGAUGGCCGGAGUCAGCGCCAAAAAAGGCUCGCCCACUGAAGAGGAUAACCAGUUCCUGGAGUGUUUGGAGUAUGAGCAGAAGACGGAGUGUAAGCCGAGUUUUAGCAUGGUCAUCAAAGACGUGGAGGUGGUGGAGGGCAGCGCUGCCCGUUUCGACUGCAAGAUAGAAGGUUACCCUGACCCCGAGGUGGUGUGGUACAAAGACGACCAACCGAUCAAAGAGACCCGACACUUUCAGAUUGACUACGACGAAGAUGGAAACUGCAGUCUGGUCAUUUCAGAGGUGUCGGGCGACGAUGACGCUAAGUACACGGUGAAGGCGGUCAACAGUUUAGGGGAGGCAACCUGCACCGCCGAGCUGCUGGUGGAGGUGAUGGCUGGAGAGGAAGAAGAGGAGGAGGAAGAGGAGGAGGAGGAGUAAAGAAGUGACUGUCAGGACUCCCACGGGAAGAGGAGGUGACUCGGGUUCAGAUGAGCUCAUCACUCAAUCAUCAACCUGCCAGACCUGAGCAGAGAAAACUUACCACGAAUAACAGAUUGUGAUUGGAUGAGCAGGAGGGUGGGGUUUGACACACCAGGACAGGACUGGUUCAGAGGAAAACAGGUUUCACAGGUUUCUAGAUUUUUUCAUAUUUUCGUCUCACAAUCUCUCAUUUAGUGCUGCAGUUAUAUUCCCUGUAAACUCCAUCUUUUUUAGUGACAGUCUAGCCUGCUCCAUGAUGUGUGCUAAACUCCACCCACCUGAUAGCUGGAGAGCUGAAACCCCACCCCUCUCAGACGAGCCUCUGUUCAUCAAUCUAUUUCCUCUCACAGUUCUUUGUCAAAGACAUAUGAAGCUUUGAAUUUUAGAGAUACCAUUUCACCAAACUCCACAGGGAGCUUUAAAAUGUGACAGUGUCAAAGAAUUGUCAGAGGUGUAGUUGUUGCAAGUAAUCAUGGUUAUUUGGUGGUGGAGAGAAAAUCCCAGUGUCAUGUUUCAACCAUAGAAAGACCUUGACAAAAAACUUUCUGAGAAAAUACAUUGAUGAAGACUUGGCAGUGGAACACAUGCUAGUGCUGAAGUACAGUCUAAUGCUAAAGAGUCAUGAAUAUGUUAAUAAAUAACACUGAGUUGCAGCUCCUAUAAGGCCCUCUGUCAGAGACUCAUAGGAGCUGUAGUUGUUGUCAUUGUUGCGGGGUGUCGGACCUUUGUGUUUAACUAAACCAUGAAAAAUGUACUGUAUGUGACCCAGACCUGGUCCCUGUGGGAGUCCAGGUGAGGAAGAGGAAGGUACGAGGGAGGCAGAGUUGAACAGAGCCCUAUAUUCACAGAGUUAGGUCACCUAACAAUAAAGUGGUUUACUGUGGUCAAAGUUAAAAAGCUCCACACAACUAGGAAAAAGACAGAAGAAGUUUAUUGUGUUAGCAUUGCUGCUAACACUACAACCUAAAGAUGAUCCAAAUUUUACUGAUAUUAAACAUCACUAUAAUCAUUUCACUUAGUUUAGAGCUAUAUCAGAGCUAAUGUCACCUAAUGAUGUUUGCUCAAUAGAUAACAAACAUUAGCUAAUGUGAGGAGUAAAUUCGUUAGCUUGUAGCAACAAAGUUUACUUCACCACACAGGAUUUCUGGGUAAUGACACCUGCCACCAAAUGCCUUAAUGCUGAUGAUGACCCAGCCUCUGUCAAUAUAAGGCGGUAUAAGUACCAGAAUGACGUCCAUAAUGAUGAUAAAUUAUAACGAUAACCCAUUGUUUUUGUUUAUGACCUAGCUGCUCCCCCUUUUGCAUUUGAUGUUUUUUAGCUGAGAAAUGUCCGAAUCGCUCAGCUUGGCUCUUUCCUUCUGUUUGAGCACUUUUCUUUCUGUCUUGUUCGUAUUUUUGACUUCGACAGCAGUUUUACCCCAAAAACAUCUGCAGUUAACAGCACCUGCCUUAAGACGUUAGCCUUUCAGCAACACAGCAACACUUUAAAUGACAGUCUGGGUAAUUUUUAGUUUUUCUACCAGCCAUUUGUCACACUGCGAUGAAGCGAGUCAUUUUCCUUCGGCUGCCUUAAAAAAGUGUUUACAGAGUUAGCAUGCCCAGGUUUUCUUCAAGCUAUCAGGAAUUGCCUCCUAAACUUACUACAAAAUUUAAGUCAAUGAAUGACAAUCAUUUGUGUAAAAUCCCACUAAAUUAAAUCAGAAUUCAAAAUCAAAAUUCUGAUUCAGAAUUCAAGAUUUGUCUCAUAAUGACAAGAUGACAACUUACUGAAUCAGAAUGAUGAAAUCCAUGAUUCAUUAUUCCUUUUCAUCUGACCUUUAGAAACUGUACAAGGACUGCCUGAUCAUGAUAUCCCUGUCUCAUCUUUCUUAUUCUGUAGUUACAGUGUCUGUUAGCUCAUAAUUACUAGAAUUUAUCUGAAAACUCCCGUAGUUCUGACUUAGUAUGUCAUAGUGACAACAUCCAUACAUCUUAUUUUAAAUUACGUUUUUUUGGGGGGGUGAAUGCCAGGAAAAAAAUAUAAGAUUUUUGAAUAUGCCUCCGCUAAUAUAACACAUAACACAUUAGAUGAACAAGAAAAACUUGUCACUUAUUUACUUUUAAAUAUUUUAUUCUUGAUUUUGAAGAAAAAGGACAAUUUAUCAUAUUCUUCUUUUCUCUUGACAUAAAGCAGAAAGAAAUUAAAUUAGAUUUUAGGAUUUUGCAUUUAAACAGAUUUGGCUCGCGUCUGUGUUGUUCUUUGAAAACAACUUUUUAGAAUUUAUUGAAUAAAUUAAAAUCUUUCUCACAGCAACUUCAAGUGCCUGAACUGAGCCUUCGUCGCCGCAGUGUGUUUAGUAGAAACCAGCUGUGAUUUAAACGUGUCUGCAGCGUGUUUUAACGUGUCCACACUGAUGUCGAAGUCGUAUCUUUGAACAUGUUUUUGCCACAUUCCAGCUGUUUGUUUGUGCUUUAAACCAUUUAUUAUUUAAAGGCUUUAUGGGCUGAUUCAGUUUUCAACCAAAAAACCAAAGAAGCUUCUUUAAAACCUCACAGGUGUGUGUUUGCGUGUGAUCCAUCUGCAUUACGCCGUGUUCGUGUUUAAACUUUACCUGGGCCUGUUUGUGUGUUUGGUGAUUUUUUGUUUUUAAGAAUGUUUUAUUUUUAGACUUAUUUAAUGCACAGAUUCAUAAUUAUAAUAUUAUCAUUUGAGCAUCUGUCUUCCUGGAGAUCUUCUCGCCAGCACUUAAUUUGUCACAGUUAUUACAACACCCCGUCCCCCUUCCCCUACUAAACCAAGCAGUGGACUCACUCCUAGACUGAUUUGUUUUUGUAUUAGAUGUAUGUAGAUUAUAUUUCUCUAAUUUUUAUAAAUAUAUAUCAGUUUGAUGAACGGCAGAUGACUUGUAUGAGAACACUACGACUGUAGUUACUCACAGAUACCAAAUAAAUUUUUAUCACUAAA